CUUUUCAGCGGGAAAUAACUUAAUUAUGUCGUACCUCGGCAAAGACAGACACGAUGGAUUGCCGAAAUUAAAUGGCCACAGAUCUAUGGACCGUAAUUUGACGCUUUUGGAAGACGAAAUUGAGAGGCUUCGUUUCAGUCGGUCAGCCCCACCUGCCGGACGGUCUAGUAGCCGGCCAAAUAGCCCAGGACUAGGCCUAGGGAGUCCUCAACCAAGUGGCUUUCAAACGAAAAAAAUGAUACAGGAUUUGCAUGAUCAAGUAAAACUGUACAAAUCGGAACUUGAUAAGAAAGAUAAGUUGAUCCAGGACUUAUCAAGGGUUGAGUCAUCAACUCCAUACCGGAGGGUACAUUUUAGUCCAGAGGAUAAGGUAUGUUAUUAUCUGCUUAAAUUUUAUUAUAGAUUUUAUGUUAUUGGCAUUUUUGUAAUCAAAUUCAUAUUCAGAAUUAUUAGAUAUUCAUACAAAUUGUUCUCAAUAGUAUAA